AUGGAAAAUACUUAUUCUUCUCAUCUCUUCCAUGCAAAUACUUCUUUUCUAUUGGCCUGCUUGUUCCUCUUUCUGCUGCCCUUUUCAUCUCUUUCGGCCUCAGAUGGUGUCAUUGUAAACCCAGCUGAUUAUCGAGCUCUUCGAGCCUUCAAGCACGAACUAGUCGACUCCAGAGGCUUCCUACGCACCUGGAACGACACCGGCGGCUAUGGAGUUUGCUCCGGUGCUUGGGCAGGAAUCAAGUGCGUCAAUGGACGAGUCAUCUAUAUCCAGCUUCCAUGGCGUCGCCUAGGCGGUCGCAUUUCAGAAAAAGACGGUCAGCUUAAAGCACUCAAAAAGCUUAGCCUCCAUGAAAAUGUUCUCGCCGGUCCACUCCCUCGGUCGCUCGGGUUUCGGCCUUAUCUCCGAGGGGUUUACCUCUUCAACAACCUGCUUUCCGGUUCGAUCCCUCCGACGAUCGGUAACUGUCACUCUCUUCAAACUCUUGAUCUUAGCAACAACUCACUCACUGGUAACAUUCCUCCGAGUCUUGUGAACUCAACUAGGUUGUUUAGACUUAAUUUGAGCUAUAAUUCUUUGUUCGGUUCCAUCCCUGUUGGUCUGACUCGUUUGCCUUCACUCACCAUUCUUGCUUUGCAACACAACAAUCUUUCUGGUUCUGUCCCUGAUACCUGGGUUGGAACAGGAACCAAACCUUACCAACUUCAAGUCUUGUCGCUUGAUUAUAAUUUCCUUACUGGGACAAUUCCAGUUUCUUUGAGCGAGUUGAGUUUAUUACAACAGAAAAAGGCUAGUUUGAAGCAAGAGUGUGGUAAUAUGGGCGCCGUCAUGGGGAAAACUGAGAAGGGGGUUUCGGUAAUCGGCACUGAGGUCGAAGCAGGCGGCAAAAUGGGUGGGAAAUUAGUCCACUUUAAUGGUCCGUUUGUGUUUACAGCUGAUGAUCUAUUGUGUGCCACGGCUGAGAUUAUGGGGAAGAACACUUAA